UUCAGGGAACCCUACACCGUGCGGGUGGAGGAUCAGCGGUCAAUGCGUGGAAGUGUCGCUGUGUUCAAGUGCCUCAUUCCUUCUUCGGUGCAAGAGUAUGUCAGGGUUGUGUCGUGGGAGAAAGAUACCAUCUCCAUCAUUCCAGGGAGUAGAUUCCACAUCACUUCUUACGGAGCCUUGUACAUAUCCGAUGUACAGAAGGAGGAUGCGCUAUCAACGUACCGGUGUAUCACCCGACAUAAAUACAGCGGGGAAACACGACAGAGCAAUGGAGCUCGCCUCUCUGUUUCAGAUCCUAUGGAAUCAGCACCUACAGUGUUGGACAGUUUCAAGUCCAGAGAGGUCUGGACGGGAAGAAGCGUGGAGCUUCCUUGCGCCGCCUCCGGUUACCCGAACCCCGCCAUCCGCUGGCUGAAGGACAGCAGACCGUUGCCGGUUGACAGCCGGUGGACCAAACGCAUCACCGGCCUCACCAUCACCGGGCUACGUGUGGAGGACAGCGGCACUUACAUCUGUGAAGUCACCAACACCUUCGGUUCGGCAGAGGUGACGGAAACGCUGACAGUGAUAGAUCCGCUGAGGGUCAUGGUGACGCCAAAGAAGCUGAAGAUGGGGAUCGGGAGCACGGUUGUCCUGUCGUGUGCCGUGGCCGGCUCCCCCGAGUACAUCAUCCGCUGGUACAGAAACACCGAGCUCAUCGCCCCCGACAACUUCAUCUCCAUCAGAGGCAUCAACAACGAGACUCUGCUCAUCACCUCCGCUCAGAAAUCUCACUCAGGCGCCUAUCAGUGCUUUGCUACCAGAAAAACCCAAACGGCACAGGACUUCUCCAUCAUAGUGCUCGAAGACGGAACCCCUCGAAUCAUCUCGUCCUUCAGCGAGAAAGUAGUCAACCCGGGGGAGCAGUUUUCACUGAUGUGCGCGGCCAAGGGGGCGCCCCCCCCCACCAUCACCUGGACGCUGGACGACGAGACCAUCCACCGGGACAGCGGGCACCGCACCAGCCAGUUCACCAUGACGGACGGCACGGCCAUCAGCCACAUGAACGUCAGCCACCCGCAGAUCAAGGACGGAGGCGUUUACUGCUGCUCGGCCAGAAACCUCGUCGGAAGCGCCGAGUACCAAGCGCGAAUAAACGUAAGAGGUUCCCCCAGUAUCCGCUCGAUGAGAAACAUCACAGCCGUGGCCGGCAGGGACACCUUCGUGAACUGCCGGGUAAUCGGGUACCCCUAUUACUCCAUCAAGUGGUACAAGGACGCCGUGCUGCUCCCCGACAACCACAGGCAGGCGGUCUUCGAGAACGGCACUCUCAAGCUGGUGGACGUGCAGAAGGGAAUGGACGAGGGGGAGUACGUGUGCAGCGUGCUCGUGCAGCAACAGCACUCCAUCAGCAAGAGGGUCCAUGUCGCCGUCAAAGUUCCUCCCUUAAUCCAGCCGUUUGAGUUCCCGCCUGCGUCCAUCGGCCAGCUCCUGUACAUCCCCUGUGUGGUGUCGUCGGGGGACAUGCCCAUCCGCAUCACCUGGAGGAAGGACGGUCAGGUCAUCCUCUCGGGAUCAGGGGUCACCAUCGAGACCAAAGAGUUCAUGAGCUCGCUGCAGAUCUCCAGUGUGUCCCUCAAGCACAACGGCAACUACACCUGCAUCGCCAGCAACGACGCAGCCACCGUCAUGCGGGAACGGCAGCUCAUCGUGAGAGUGCCCCCCCGCUUUGUGGUUCAGCCCAAUAACCAGGACGGUAUCUAUGGGAAGGCUGGAGUGCUGAACUGCUCUGUAGACGGCUACCCUCCCCCAAAGGUCAUGUGGAAACACGCCAAAGGCAGUGGGAACCCACAACAGUAUCAUCCCGUCCCACUGACCGGACGCAUCCAGAUCUUGGCUAAUGGCUCCCUGUUGAUCCGCCAUGUUCUGGAGGAAGAUAUUGGCUAUUACCUGUGUCAGGCCAGCAAUGGGGUCGGGACUGACAUCAGCAAGUCCAUGUUUCUGACCGUGAAGAUCCCCGCCAUGAUCACAUCUCACCCCAACACCACCAUCGCCAUCAAAGGUCAGAACAAAGAGCUGAACUGCACAGCGAGAGGAGAACGGCCCAUCAUUAUACGCUGGGAGAAGGAAGACACGGUCAUUGACCCUGACAGGAUGUUCCGCUACACGGUGGGAACCAAGGACAACGGGGAAGAGGUUGUCUCCACACUCAGGAUUGUGCCCGCUGACCGGGGAGACUCAGGAUUCUUCUCCUGCCACGCAAUCAAUUCAUACGGAGAAGAUCGGGGUCUCAUCCAGCUCACGGUUCAAGAGCCGCCUGACCCACCUGAGCUGGAGAUCCGGGAGGUGAAAGCUCGCAGUAUGAACCUCCGCUGGACUCAGAGAUUCGACGGGAACAGUCUGAUCCUCGGCUUCGAUAUCGAAUACAAGAACAAGUCAGAUUCCUGGGACCUGAAGCAGAGCACACGAAACAUCAACCCCACCAUUAACCAGGCCAACAUAGUAGACCUGCAUCCAGCCUCUGUCUACAGCAUCCGCAUAUACUCCUUCAACAAGAUAGGCCGGAGCGAUCCCAGCAAAGAGCUGACUGUUAGUACAGAGGAAGCAGCUCCUGAUGGACCUCCCAUGGAGGUUAUAUUGCAGCCGGUGACGUCUCAAAGCAUCAGAGUUACUUGGAAGGCACCCAGGAAAGAGCUUCAAAAUGGCGUGAUACGAGGCUACCAGAUUGGUUAUCGGGAGAACGGCCCAGGAAGCAAUGGUCAGUACAGUAUCGUGGAGAUGAAAGCCACCGGUGACAACGAGGUCUACACGCUGGACAAUCUGAAGAAGUUUGCUCAGUAUGGGGUCGUGGUGCAGGCGUUCAACAGAGCCGGCACGGGACCCUCCUCCUCCGAGAUCAACGCCACCACGCUCGAAGAUGUUCCCAGCCAACCUCCCGACAAUGUCAAAGCCGUGUCCAUCUCCUCUGACGUGGUGACCAUCUCCUGGUCCCCUCCGCCUCGCAGCACGCUGAACGGAGUGCUGAAGGGAUUCCGAGUCAUCUAUUGGUCCAUGCACCGAGACGGAGACUGGGGGCAGAUGCAGAACAUCACCACCACCAAGAACAGAGUGGAACUGAAAGGGCUGGAGAAGUUCACCAACUACAGUGUGCAGGUCCUAGCGUUCACUCAGGCGGGCGACGGAGUUCGCAGUGUGGUCCUCUAUAUGCAGACCAAGGAAGACAUCCCGGGACCUCCCUCUGGGAUCAAAGCCGUGCCCUCCUCCGCCAGCAGCGUGGUGGUGUCCUGGCUGCCCCCUGCCAAGCCGAACGGAAUCAUCCGGAAGUACACCAUCUUCUGCUCCAGUCCUGGGUCGAGGCAGCCGGCUCCCAGCGAGUACGAGGCUUCGCCGGAGACUCUGUAUUACCGUAUCCCGAACCUGUACCAGGGGCAGCAGUACAUGCUGUGGGUGGCGGCGGUGACCUCAGCCGGGAGAGGCAACCGCAGCGAGAAAGUAACCGUGGAGCCGACUUUGAAGGCUCCGGCCAAAAUCAUCGCCUUUGGGGGUACGGUGACCACACCCUGGAUGAGGGACGUGGUGUUGCCGUGUCGAGCCGUGGGCGAACCGGUGCCCACCAUAAAGUGGACCAAAGACAGUGAGGAUUCCGCCAUUCCGGUUCACGUGGACGGGCAGAGAAUGAUCUAUAACAACGGGAGCUUGGCUCUGCGCUCAGUCAAGGCAGAAGAUUCCGGAUAUUACACCUGCACAGCGACCAACACCUGGGGCUUCGAUACCAUCAUCGUCAAUCUGCUGGUGCAAGUGCCCCCUGACCAGCCCCGCCUGAUUGUCUCGGACACCUCCGCGUCCUCCAUUACUCUGGACUGGAUUCCCGGUGACAACGGAGGGAGCUCUAUCAGAGGGUUUGUGUUACAGUAUUCUGUGGACAACAGCGAGGAAUGGAAGGACGUCUUCAUCAACCCCACCGAGAGAUCCUUCAAGCUGGACAACCUCAAGUGCGGCACGUGGUACAAGGUGAAACUGGCGGCCAAAAACAGCGUGGGAGCAGGACGCAUCAGCGAGAUCAUCGAGGCCAAGACACACGGCAAAGAACCGGCUUUCAACAAGGACCAGCACCUCUUCACCCACAUUAACUCCACCCACGCCCGGCUCAACCUGCUGGGCUGGAAUAACGGGGGUUGCCCCAUCGCCGUGGUGGUCCUGGAGUACCGUGCCAAGGGCAGCUGGCCCUGGCACUCGCUCCGAACCAACAUGUCGGGCGAGGUGUUCCUGCAGGACCUGCGAGAGGCCACCUGGUAUGAGCUGAAGAUGAGAGCCUGCAACAGCGCCGGAUGCGGCAACGAGACCACCCAGUUCGCCACCCUGGAUUACGAUGGAAGCACCAUCCCCCCCAUCAAGUCUCUACAGGGAGAGGGGGACGACGUGAAGAAGCUGUUCACCAUCGCCUGCCCCGUCAUCCUGGCCACCGUGGCCGUGGUCCUGCUCUUCAUCGUCAGGAAGAAGCGGAAAGAGCGGCGUCUGAAGAGACUGCGCGACGCCAAGAGUUUAGCCGAGAUGCUGAUCAGUAAAAAUAAUCGCAGCUUCGACACCCCGGUUAAAGGUCAGCCCCAGGCCCGCCUCCACAUCGACAUCCCCCGCGUCCAGCUGCUGAUCGAGGACAAAGAGGGCAUCAAACAGCUGGGAGAAGAUAAAGCCACCAUCCCUCCGGCAGACGCUGAGUUCAGCCAGUCUGUAAACCCGCAGAGUUUCUGCACCGGGGUCUCUCUGCACCAUCCAGCUCUGAUCCAGAACACAGGCCCUCUGAUCGACAUGUCAGACAUACGGCCAGGUACCAACCCUGUGGCGAGGAAGAGCGUCAAGUCAGCCCACAGCACCCGCAGCAGGUACUCCAGCCAAUGGACCCUCACCAAGUGCCAGGCCUCCACCCCGGCCCGCACGCUGACCUCCGACUGGAGAACCAUGGGGUCACAGCACGGAAUCACAGUGACCGAGAGUGACAGCUACAGUGCCAGUCUGAGCCAGGACACGGACAAAGGACGGAACAGUAUGGUGUCCACGGAGAGCGCCUCCUCCACUUACGAGGAGCUGGCCAGAGCGUACGAACACGCCAAGCUGGAGGAGCAACUGCAACACGCCAAGUUCGAGAUCACCGAGUGCUUCAUCUCCGACAGCUCGUCCGACCAGAUGACCACGGGAACCAACGAGAACGCCGAUAGCAUGACCUCCAUGAGCACCCCCUCCGAGGCCGGCAUCUGCCGCUUCACCGCCUCGCCCCCCAAGCCCCAGGACCCCGAGCGGGGCAAGAACGUGGCUGUGCCCAUCGCACACCGAGCCGCCGACUACAGCAACCUUCCCUUGUACGUGAAAGCCGAAGCCUUCUUCCGCAAGACAGGAAUCCAGGACCCCUGCCCUGCCGUGCCCCCCCGGGAGGCGUCCAUCCGCAACAUGGCCCGAGCGUACCAGACGCAGGCGCGACACGCCACGCUGGAGGCGGGGGGCAGCAAGCCCCCCCUGCACCCGCACUCCACCGCCACCUUACCUCAGAGGACUCUGACCGUGCCCAGCACCUCGGGACCAGCCCCCUCCACCAUGGCCUCGGCCUGUGCCCCCGCCUCUGCCCCCACGGCUCCUGCCCCCAACGUCAACGUCUCCGCGGCCUCUGUGGAGCCACGUCUGCCCGCACACAGCAAGAUCAGCGGCUCCAAAGACUCCCUGUUAGAAAUGAGCACAACCGGACUCAACCGAUCUCACAAACAAGGCUCAGCCGCCUACUCAAAGUCUUACACACUGGUGUAGAGACUCCCUACGUCUCAUCCCUCUCUCACCCCCUCUUUCUCUCUCUCUCUCUCUCUCUCACACACUCUCUCGCUCUCUCCCCCUCUUCUUACCCUCCUUCUUCUCCGCCCAUGCCC